CGAUCAGGUGGAUAUUGGACAAGUCUCGAAGCGGUAACGGACACCUCUUGGUAUUGACGUAGGUGGUUGUUCUCGCCACGGCACAGCGGAAGAAAUGGUCCUAACUGUCAGGACGACAGGGUCGAUUCGGGUCCCGGGAUCUCCCUUUGAGUCAAAUCCAUCUCUUAUUGAAAGCAUUGACACCAUUUCGGCACACGAGCCUCAGGAUCCAUCAGGAGUCGGAGGCUGGGCCGAGACCCUAGACCCAAUACAUGACAAAGACCUGCUCACGAUAAGAGAUUCCCCUCGGUCAUACUAUGUACACUAGUGUACAUCUCCACUCGGUACGGGCCGGAGAUGGAAGCGGUGACCACCGGGCUUCUCAGCUCGAAAGGUUGUCAGUCUGUAAAGUUGCCACCGGUCCCCGA